AUGAAGGCCCUUGCCAUCACGGCGCUCUUCAUCGCCGGCGCCCUUGCCGUGCCCGCGGGCUCCUACCCGCCUCCGCCUCCUCCCGACUACGGCGGUGACAACGGCGGCUACUCUCCUGGUUAUCCCACCGGUGGCGGUUACGUGCCUCCUACCCCUACCCCUCCUCCGCCUCCUCCUCCUCCUCCCAGCUACGACGAUGGAGACUCUGAUGAACCUCCUACUGAUGGAGAUGGAGGCUCUUACGAACCUCCCACCGACGGGGAUGGCGAUUCUUCUGACGGUGGGGAUGAUGGCGACGAUAGCGACGGCGGUAGCGAUGGCAGCGACGGAGAACGCAGUGGUACCAACCUGUGCCCUGCUCUCAUUUCUGGUAUUGCUCAGUGCUGCUCUGCAAAUGUCCUCGGCCUUGUUAAUCUAGACUGUGUAUCUCCCAACAAGGUACCUCAUAGCAUAGAUGAUUUCAAGGAGAUUUGCGCAGACAUGGGCAAGCAAGCUACAUGCUGCACUCUCGGCUUGCUCGGCCUGGGCGUUCUCUGCGGAAAAUAA